AUGGCGGAUCAUCAUCCCGAAAAAAAUGGACAUUCUUCUCCUCAAGAAGAAUAUUCACAAUAUAUUAACGGAGCUUCUGGUACAAAUACCCUCGCAGAAUAUGAAUUGAACCACCCAAGAGCACAAGGGAUUUAUCAGGAGUUACACUCUCACGAUUAUUCAAAUGGUCGCGAAAUAGUAAUUGAAGAAAGUGUACAGAGAAUUGUGUGUAGCAUGGUCAAAGUACUUAUCAGAGCUACUAAAUUCUUUAUCUGUUUUUACAUUAAGCUAAACACAGUUUUAGGUAAAGGUGCUUAUAAAGUAGUUUAUAAAGCUAUUGAUCGUGAAGAAGGCUAUGAAACAACGAAAGCAGAGUUUAAUGACUUAAGUUUGGAAAUAAAAAUUUUAAAGCAGGUUCGCCAUCCAAAUAUUAUCAACUUCCAUGAUUGUUGGUACAAGGAUGCCGAAUUCAUUUUCGUCACAGAAUUGAUGACUUCUGGAACUUUGCGAGAGUACAUUCGAAAACUCUCGUUGCCGAAUAUGAAGAUAGUGAAACGAUGGUCCCGCCAAAUUCUUAAGGGCCUCAUAUACCUUCAUUCUCAUAAUCCACCAAUAAUUCAUCGCGAUAUCAAAUGUGACAAUAUCUUCAUCAAUGGCGCGCAUGGAGAAGUGAAAAUUGGUGACAUGGGAACGGCCAAGAUGAAGUUGGGAAAAAAGUAUACCGUCAUCGGAACUCCUGAGUUCAUGGCGCCCGAAAUGUACGAAGAAAAAGGGUAUAGCGAAAAGGUCGACAUCUAUGCGUUUGGCAUGUGCCUUCUCGAAAUGGUUACCGGCGAAUAUCCAUAUAUUGAAUGCGAGAAUGCUCCUCAAGGCAUAAAGCCGGAGAGUCUAAAAAAGGUUCAAGAUCCAGAUAUUCUAGAUUUAAUAAUGCAUUGUCUGGAUCCCGAAAAUGAAAGGUACACUGCACAGCAAAUAAUGGAACAUCGAUUUCUUGCAGUGGAGCCAGAAGUGGUAUUAUUAACUGCAAAUAGUACAAAAUCUCAACUAACCCUACAAGUUGUCUUCAAAGGAAUGGAUAAAUUAUCUGUCAAAUUUGUAUUUAACGUUGAAAAAGAUACAGCGGAGCAGGUCGUUAACGAAAUGAUCGAGGAGAAAGUUCUUAAAAAUCAGUAUCGACAACUUGUAACUCAUGAGAUAAAUCGUAUUUUACGUGAUAUUAAUAAAUCAACAAGUGAGGACGAAUCAAAUAAAGAAGAGCACAAGACAUCAUGGCCAUCGCAAGCAAUAACUCCACCUUUUCAUGUGGGAAUGUCUCCUCACUUACAACCCCAGAAAUCUUAUGCUCCUGUUCCUACGUUUGAACGGGAAAGCCCAAAUAGCACGUUGUCAUCACAACAGCAAACAAUGAUAGAUCCACAAUCACAACCGCCACGGAAGAAUUCCUUUUCUGGUGGGCACGCUUCAGAAUGGAAUCAAGAUUUUGAUGAUGAAAUUCCCGUUAAAGAAUAUCCAGAUAAUGCACCAAUUGACGAAUUUGUUCGUGAAGCUGCCAUUGCAACAAAUAAGGACCCCGAAAAAGCAAAUGAAUGGUCAGAAAAACUAAAAAGUCAAGAUAUCAUGACUGUUGGCGAUUUACGAACACUAAAGGAUGAAGACUGGCAAGGUAUCGGAUUAACCGUAUUUGCCAUGCGCGCUCUAAAGAAUUCCUUACGUGGUAAGACAUUGAGAAGCCAAAAUAGUGCUACAAGCCUGCCGGAUAAAGACAAUAUCAAUUUAAAUGGCAUUUUACCUACUUUUGUUUCACCAUUACUUUUUGGUCUUACUAUUCCACCAUAUCGACAUUUUUAUCAAUCACAUCCUGUCUCUAUGCAACUCCUGCUUCCUCACUUC